UGGUAGAUUCAGUUCCAACCGACCCAAGAUUUGUACAUGCCACUGUUGUGGUUAACAAUAAUUUAUAUGUUAUGGGUGGUUUUUCUAAUCAUCUACCAUCAAAAGAAUUUUUUUCUCUUGAUUUAUCACAAGAAUUUGAUGCAACAACUCCACCAUGGAAGGAUUUAACUGAAACUUCACCAUUGCCAGUAUUAUCAGCAUGGGCUAAAGCUAGUUCCAACACUAAUAAUGAUACAAUAUUUUUGUUUGGUGGUAUUAUGCUUGAUACUGCAACUGGUGAAUUGAAUUUGAAAAAUGUGGUUUACACUUAUGAUUUUAAAAGCAACCAAUGGUUAGUAAAUCCACCUGCUUUUCAAGGAACUGCACCUGAAACACGUAGAGAAUUUUCAAGUGUUAGUGAUCCAUUGACUGGAAAAUUAUAUAUUCAUGAUGGAGUACAUGAUAUAGGUAUUACUACUGGUAUUUUUUUUAAUGACUUUUUUAUUCUGGAUGGAAAUAAUUUAUCCUGGAGUCUAAUUGGAAAAACUGGUGCAAGUAUGCCACCUCCUAGGAUUGACCAUGUUGCUGUAUUGAUUGCUAAUGGAGUAAUUGUUUUUAUUGGUGGAAGAGACCACUCUAGUGUUACUGGUCAUAUAACUGCACUUUCAUUAUAUGAUACUAAAGCUGAUACUUGGGAUUUAAUGACUACAGUUGGUGGUCUAGACAUUGAAACCCGUGUUGGACAUACAGCUGUAUAUGCUACCAAUGGUCAAAUAAUAGUCUAUGGAGGAACUACACCUGAACAGGGUACAACACCUACUCCUGAAUUAAUUGUAUUAGACACAACUACAAAACCUUUUAAAUGGAUUACACCUCAAGUAACAUCAGAAUAG